AUGUUUUUCCUCAAGGAAGAGACCAAGGUCAUUACCAUGCAUCCGUCCUACUUUGGACCGAACAUGCGCGAGUUCCUGAUCGCCCGGCUGAAUGAGGAGGAAGAGGGCCGAUGCACGGGUGACCACUUUGUGAUCUGCGUGAUGGACAUGGUGGACAUUGGCGAGGGCCGAGUUGUCCCGUCGAGCGGGAGUGCGGAGUACACGAUCAAGUAUCGUGCGAUUAUCUGGAAGCCAUUCCGUGGCGAGACGGUUGAUGCGAUCGUCACCUCCGUCAAGCCUACUGGUAUCUUCACAUUGGCCGGCCCUCUAUCGGUUUUCAUUGCGCGGAAAAACAUUCCGUCCGAUAUCAAGUGGGAGCCGAAUACCGUGCCACCACAGUACACCGACCAUGCCGACCAGGUCAUUGAGAAAGGAACGAGUCUGCGCCUGAAGAUCCUCGGUGUCAAGCCCGAUGUGGCGGCGAUCAACGCCAUUGGCACGAUCAAGGAGGAUUACCUUGGACCCCUGUAA